AGUCCAAUCUCCCGCGUUCCAAGUUAAGCGGAAAUAGAAACCCUUUUUUCUCUAUUUAAGCGCGCCAACAAAGACUAUCACAGGAGGCAUAUCUGUACUUUGUUCACUGGACACCAGACCGCCCGUUUUGUCUCUCUCCACCGUGUCUUACCGUCCCGAAAAUGCCGGAGGAAACGUCCACCGCGUCAAGCUCUGGAAGUGUGGAGGAGAAGCCGUGCUCCUCAUCAGCAGCAGCUGCUGCAGACAGCUCUGUUGACGUAGCAGAGGAGGCAAAGAAGCUGAUUGGCACUGGGAACAGGCAUCUAGUGAUGGGAGAUGUUGUUUCUGCUGUCAAUGUCUUCCAGGACGCCUGUAGCAUGCUGGCUGCAAGGUAUGGCGAUACUGCAGAAGAAUGUGGUGAAGCCUUUUUCCUGUGUGGGAAAUCCCUACUGGAGCUUGCCAGGAUGGAGAACGGUGUCCUUGGUAAUGCCCUGGAGGGAGUCCCAGAAGAAUCUGAGGAAGAGGAGCAGCCUAAUGGCUCAAAUAUUGAGAGUGCCAACAAUCUUGAUGAAGAAACUAGAGAUGAGCUCCGAAAGCAGGUGUAUGAUGCAAUGGCAGAGAAGGAAAAGACGGAGGUAAAUGGCACGAAGUUGGAUUCUGAGGAUGGAAAAGGCAACAGUGAGGUGAAAGAGGAAACUGCCGUGGUCAAGUCCCCAGGCAAACAUGAAGCGAAUGGAUCAGAGAAACCCACAAGUUCCCCUGUCCACAAAGUUAAAGUGAACGGAGUUGAGAAGAGCCCGAGCCCGGGUGCUCCGGUAAACGGCACAGCAGGAAGUCCUAUUGCAUCUCCCGAAAAAGAAAAUGCAACAGAGAAGAAAAAAGAUUCAAAAGAGCAGAAUGGUGAGAAGGCUGAGGCAAAGCCAGAGGACAAGGAGGAACCAGAGGAUGAUGAAGACGAGGAAGAUGAUGAUGAUGAUGAUGACGACGAUGAGGAUGGAGAGAAAAAUGGACAAGAUAAGGAAGAGGAUGAAGUUGGGAAUUUGCAGUUGGCGUGGGAGAUGCUGGAGGUAGCCAAAGUCAUCUACAAAAGAAAGGAAGGCAAAGAUGAUCAGCUGAUGGCAGCCCAGGCACAUCUGAAACUCGGAGAAGUCGGUGCUGAAUCAGGUAACUAUCCCCAGGCACUAGAAGACUUCCAGGAGUGUCUUUCCCUGCAGCUGAAGCACCUGCCUCCCCACAGUCGUCUGCUGGCUGAGACCCACUACCACGUGGCCACUACACUGUGCUACAUGGAUCAGUACAGUCAGGCCAUCCAGCACUACAACAGCUCCAUAAAAGUCAUCGAGACACGUCUGGCCAUGUUGCAGGAGGUGAUAGACGCGGCAGACGGCGCAGCAGAAGAGAAGAAUGAGAUGGAGGAGCUGAAGCAGCUUCUGCCUGACAUCAGGGAAAAGGUUGAAGAUGCCAAGGAGAGCCAGAGAACAGCCAGCGCUGCUUCCCAGGCCAUCCAGCAGACACUAGGCGGAGCCUCAACUUCAUCAGCAUUCCUAUGUGAAAAUGGCGGCCCAUCGUCGUCUUCAGCAUUUGACUCAGCCAGCCAGAUCUCAGUUAAAUCAUCGGACGGCGCCUCGUCUUCCAAAGCAGUCUCCAACAUUUCCCACCUCGUCAGGAAAAAGAGGAAACCAGAGGAGGAGAGCCCAGUAAAGGACACUGAUGCUAAACAAGCGAAACAGGAAGCCUCAGUUAAUGGCAGCGCUGACUCUAGUGCCAGCAACGGCAAUGGAGUCCAGGAGGGAAAAUCACAGGAGCCUGCCAACCAGUCGGCCUCCGUCGGGUCUUCAGCGUGACCUCCAUCGUCUCCUUCCUGAUCUUCAAAACCAGCACAGCAUGCCUGUCCAGCCCCUCAACACCUUUUUUUUGUUUCUGUAAAUAAGAUCCAUUUUCAUAGAUUUGUUGUCCAGUUUUUGUAAACUUGUAGUAAAAAAUAAUAAUAAUAAAAAAAAUUUGCAGCUGUAA